GAGUGGAGUCAUUUCCUGGUACAGACUAUACAAAGAAUGUGGUGAGAAUUCUGGCCAGUGGAGGAAACAUUGGCUUCAACCCUAAGGCUGCCUAGCAUUUCUUCUCUUCAGUAGCACCACACCACAGAAGAAAAAUGUACGGGAGUGCAAGAACGAUCACUAAUCUGGAAGGGAGCCCUUCCAGAUCUCCGCGUUUGCCAAGGUCUCCUCGUUUGGGCCACCGAAGAACGAGUAGUGGGGGCGGGGGAGGGACAGGCAAGACUCUGUCCAUGGAGAAUAUUCAGUCCCUUAAUGCAGCCUAUGCCACGUCUGGACCCAUGUAUUUGAGUGAUCACGAAGGGGUGGCAUCAACAGCUUACCCAAAGGGUACUAUGACUCUGGGCAGGGCCACAAAUCGAGCUGUGUAUGGAGGCCGGGUCACAGCCAUGGGGAGUAGUCCCAACAUUGCUUCCGCCGGACUUUCCCAUACGGAUGUUCUCUCCUACACGGAUCAGCACGGUGGGCUCAGCGGCUCAUCCCAUCACCACCACCACCAGGUGCCCUCCAUGUUGAGGCAGGUAAGAGACAGCACAAUGUUGGAUCUCCAAGCCCAGCUCAAAGAACUGCAGAGAGAGAAUGACCUCCUAAGGAAGGAGCUUGACAUUAAGGACAGUAAACUGGGAUCGUCCAUGAAUAGCAUCAAGACUUUCUGGAGUCCCGAGCUCAAGAAGGAGAGAGUCUUGAGGAAAGAGGAGACAGCUCGGAUGUCUGUCCUCAAGGAGCAGAUGAGGGUUUCUCACGAAGAGAACCAGUUACUGGAUGCCAGAAGAACCAAGCACCUGCAGUUGACCAUCCAGGCCCUUCAGGAUGAGCUGCGGACCCAGAGAGACCUCAACCACCUCCUGCAGCAAGAGAGUGGCAACCGGGGAGCGGAGCACUUCACCAUCGAGCUGACGGAGGAGAACUUCCGCAGGCUCCAGGCGGAGCACGACAGGCAGGCCAAGGAGCUGUUCCUUCUGCGGAAGACGCUGGAAGAAAUGGAGCUGAGAAUCGAAACACAGAAACAGACUCUCAAUGCCCGAGAUGAAUCCAUUAAAAAGCUCCUGGAGAUGCUGCAGAGUAAAGGGUUGCCAUCCAAGAGCCUCGAGGAUGACAACGAACGCACGCGGCGGAUGGCAGAGGCCGAGUCUCAGGUCAGCCACUUGGAAGUGAUUUUAGACCAGAAGGAGAAGGAGAACAUACACCUCAGAGAGGAACUGCACCGAAGAAGCCAACUUCAGCCGGAGCCAGCCAAGACGAAGGCUCUCCAGACUGUCAUCGAAAUGAAGGACACAAAAAUUGCUUCAUUGGAGCGAAACAUCCGGGACCUGGAGGAUGAGAUCCAGAUGUUGAAAGCCAAUGGCGUGCUCAACACAGAGGACCGUGAGGAGGAGAUCAAACAAAUUGAAGUGUAUAAAAGCCACUCCAAGUUUAUGAAGACCAAGAUUGACCAGCUGAAGCAGGAACUUUCCAAGAAGGAGUCAGAACUUCUUGCCUUACAAACAAAGCUUGAAACCCUUAGCAAUCAAAAUUCAGAUUGCAAGCAACACAUCGAAGUGCUCAAAGAGUCGCUUACUGCCAAAGAACAGAGGGCUGCCAUCCUUCAGACAGAGGUUGAUGCUCUGAGAUUACGGCUGGAAGAGAAGGAAUCUUUUCUCAAUAAGAAGACAAAACAGCUGCAAGACCUCACAGAAGAGAAGGGGACCCUAGCGGGAGAGAUCCGUGAUAUGAAAGAUAUGUUAGAAGUAAAGGAAAGGAAAAUCAAUGUUCUUCAGAAAAAAAUUGAAAACUUGCAAGAACAACUUAGGGAUAAGGACAAACAACUGACCAACCUGAAAGACAGAGUGAAGUCUUUGCAGACAGAUUCCAGCAACACAGACACUGCUCUGGCCACCCUGGAGGAGGCCUUGUCGGAAAAGGAGAGAAUAAUAGAGCGCUUGAAAGAGCAAAGGGAGAGAGAUGACCGGGAAAGACUAGAAGAGAUAGAAUCCUUUCGAAAGGAGAACAAAGACCUCAAGGAAAAGGUCAAUGCUUUACAGGCUGAACUCACGGAGAAAGAGUCAAGUUUAAUCGACCUCAAGGAACAUGCGUCUUCAUUAGCUUCUGCAGGACUGAAGAGGGACUCCAAAUUAAAAUCUCUAGAAAUAGCCAUCGAACAGAAGAAGGAGGAGUGUAGCAAAUUGGAAGCACAGUUAAAAAAGCAAGCUGAGCAGUUGUUCAAUCAGAUGUACAACCCAGCACAUAAUAUUGAAGAUGACUCCAGGAUGCAUCCUGAGUUUGCAGACCGACUGAAACAGCUUGACAAAGAAGCAUCGUACUACCGUGAUGAGUGCGGCAAGGCGCAGGCAGAAGUGGACAGGUUGCUGGAUAUCCUCAAGGAGGUGGAGAAUGAGAAGAAUGACAAAGACAAGAAGAUUGCAGAACUUGAGAGCUUGGCUCUCAGGCAUAUGAAAGAUCAGAACAAGAAGGUGGCUAACCUCAAGCACAACCAGCAGCUGGAGAAGAAGAAGAAUGCCCAGUUAUUAGAAGAAGUCCGCCGGCGAGAAGACAGCCUGGCUGACAACUCACAGCAUUUGCAGAUAGAGGAGCUGAUGAAUGCCCUGGAGAAGACCAGACAGGAGCUGGAUGCCACCAAAGCCCGCCUUGCCUCCACCCAGCAAUCUCUGGCUGAAAAAGAAGCACACCUGGCCAACCUCCGGCUAGAGAGGAGGAAACAGCUAGAGGAGAUCUUGGAGAUGAAACAGGAAGCACUCCUUGCGGCCAUCAGUGAAAAAGAUGCAAACAUUGCCUUGCUGGAAUUGUCUGCCUCCAAAAAGAAAAAGACCCAGGAAGAAGUCAUGGCUCUGAAGCGGGAGAAAGACCGGCUGGUGCAUCAGCUAAAGCAGCAGACCCAGAACAGGAUGAAGCUGAUGGCAGACAACUAUGACGAGGACCAUCACCAUUACCACCACCACCACCAUCACCACCACCACCGAUCUCCCGGGAGGUCACAGCAUUCCAACCACAGGCCCUCUCCGGACCAGGUCAGUUUCAUUGCUGCUUACCUCAAGGACCCCUCUUACGCUUUGGAUAUUUUAAGAUAA